AGUUGACGACCUACACACCAAGGCCCAUGCCUGGCUUCUCCUCCGCCGCGUCAAUGUCGCCACUGCGCCUCCGCCUCCGCCUGCACGCCCGCCACUCCUCCUCCGCCUCGCAACCCUCACGCCGCCAGGGAUGGGAUCCCCACGCCGCCUUCGCCGCCGCCACGGAGUGUGCGCGCUCCGGCAACCUCACCCCGGAGGACGCACACCACCUGUUCGACGAAUUGCUGCGGCAGGGCAAUCCUGUCCUGGGGCGCCCCCUCAACAACCUUCUCGCCGCCCUCGCCCGCGCGCCGGCGUCCAGCGCCUGCAGAGAUGGCCCCGCACUCGCGGUCGCCCUCUUCAGCCGCAUAUCCCAAGGCGCCCGCCUAAGGGUGCUGCACCCAACGGCCUGCACCUACGGCAUCCUCAUGGAUUGCAGCUGCCGCGCACACCGCCUCAAUCUGGCGUUUGCCUUCUUCGGCCGUCUCCUCAGGACGGGACUGAAGGCAGGCGUCAUAGAAGUCAACAGUCUCCUCAAAGGACUCUGCCACGCAAAGCGGGCGGAUGAGGCCAUGGAAGUGCUUCUUCACAGGAUGCCUGAGCUGUUUAUAGGAGUACAGGGCACAGCUGUUUAUCGUUCCCUAAUCCAGGGAUUUUGUACACACGGCGAUUUGGUGAAAGCAAAGGAAUAUGUUACUGAAAUGAUGAAGAAAGGUAUGCCUCCUCCUGAUAUUAUGUUCUUCAGUUCAAUCAUGCAGAACCUAUGCACAGAAGGAAGGGUAAUAGAAGCACGAGAUAUCCUUGACUUGAUAGUGCGCAUUGGUAUGAGGCCUGAUGUUUUCAUAUUUAAUAUACUGAUCGGUGGAUACUGCCUAGUCGGCAAGAUGGAGGAUGCCUCAAAAAUAUUUGAUGAUAUGGUGUCAUAUGGUUUAGAACCUUGUAACUUUACGUAUGGUAUACUUAUUAAUGGCUAUUGCAAAAAUAAAAGGAUUGAUGACGGGCUUAUUCUGUUCAAAGAGAUGCUGCGCAAGGGACUUAAACCUACAACUUUUAAUUAUAACGUCAUACUGGAUGGAUUAUUUCUGGCUGGACAAACUGUUGCUGCAAAAGAGAAGUUUGAUGAGAUGGUUGAAUCUGGAGUAAGUGUGUGCAUUGAUACAUACUCUAUAGUUCUUGGUGGACUUUGUAGAAAUAGCUGCAGUAGCGAAGCGAUCACCCUGUUCCGAAAAUUAAGCGCAAUGAAUGUGAAAUUUAAUAUUACAAUUGUCAAUACCAUUAUUGGUGCCUUCUACAGGGUCGAGAGAAACCAAGAGGCUAAGGAUUUGUUUGCUGCUAUUCCAGCCAGUGGCUUGGUUCCUAAUGUUGUUACCUACACCAUAAUGAUUAAAAAUCUUAUAAAAGAAGGUUCAGUGGAAGAAGCUGACAAUCUUUUUUUAUCGAUGGAGAAGAGCGGCUGUAGUGCCAACUCUUAUCUGUUAAAUCAUAUCAUCAGAAGGUUACUGGAAAAAGGAGAGAUAGUCAAGGCUGGAAAUUAUAUGUCUAAAGUUGAUGCAAAGAGCUACUCCCUUGAAGCUAAAACUGUUUCACUGCUGAUCUCUCUGUUUUCAAGGAAAGGGAAAUAUAGAGAACACAUCAAAUUGCUCCCUACAAAGUAUCAGUUUCUGGAAGAAGCAGCCACAGUUGAAUAGUUGGUACUUGAUAUCUGAAAUUUAACUUCUUUCACUUGCCAUGGGUCCAUCUGCUUGGACAACAAAUGCAUCUUCUAUAUGUAAAUAGGUAGUCAGUUUAGAACAAGCUAUCAGGAUGACGCAAAGAGUACAAUUCAGUUGCAGCACCAAUAAAAAGGCAGAACUAGGCUUGCCAAAACAAAACUGAAUCCAAACUCAAACAGAAGGAGCAGUAACUUUUUUUAAGCUGUAAAGUCUACUAGCCAAACUCCUACGGGAGUGUCAGGCGGGGCAUGUAGUGGCUGGCGUCUAAGCGCCUUUUCUUCUUCCAGCAUCUAUGACUUAGCCUCACACGGAAUCGAGUCAACCAAUUCCCGUCGGUUUUGAGUGGCUCCCUUGAAGAUGCAAUCGUUUUCAGCAUGGUCAGAUUAAUCAGCGAGCGUGCCCCUUUUGUCUGGUUCGAGAAAGAAUUUGAAGAAGCUGAGCAGCAACAGGUGCUUGACCGGCUUGUCCCCGUCGAAGCCAGUUUGAGAUCAUGCUGGUGCUAUCUCUAGGAAUAACAAUAUCAAUGCUCUUCGUUGUUGCACAAACUGACACAGAUCAAUGUUCAGAGGUAAUAUGGUUCUGCCCGUAACUUUCAUCGACUGUCAGCAUGUUCCUUUUUCUUCAGUACUCUGUAUAUCAUGGCAGUAUGACUAUAAUAAGGAUAUAUGGUUGGUGCAUUUCAAACUUCUCUGUUCCUUGGGAUAAAACUGAUAAAUUCUCUAUACUUUUUGGCUUUGGUAGUAUGAACAGAAAGCAGGCAGUAAUAAACUGAUAUGUGAAACAGGGUCCUUUUUAUUAUCUAUUUUAUCCAGCAAUAGUGUUCCCUAAAAUUAUACUCCCUCCGUCUGGAAAUACUUGUCGAAGAAAUGCAUAAAAAUGGAUGUAUCUAAAACUAAAAUACGUCUAAAUACAUUCAUUCCUCCGACAAGUAUUUCCGGACGGAGGGAGUAGAUCGGUUCAUUCAUCUCAUAUGGAUUUCGGUGAGCUUCGCCCGUUCCUUGGAACAUUUUGUUACUAUAGAACAAUUGGUGUGUGUUUUUUCUUCUUCUUUCUCUUCUUUUAGCUGUACGUUGUAGCACCACGAAACCUGUUUAUUUCGUUAUAUUCAUUGUGUAAUUUAUUUUCUGUUUCGAGGGCUCAAGUUCAGCAUUUUCUCUUAUCUUCUUCCUUCCUCAUAAUUUUUCAUUUACUCACUGAGCAGUGAAGGUCUUUGACCUUAAAUUCUUGUACUAAUUUAGCAGAAUCGUUCUUCGAGAAGCACUCCAAAAAUGGUUUGUCUUGGGUCUGUAUCAUAUUUUCUCUGAACAAACAGGCGUGACACAUGCAUGGAAAGGUCCCCAAGAAACAUUGCACAUUUGGGUAUAUAUGUCUAUGAAUACUACUUUGUGAAAAUUAAUUUGGUAAAUAUUUUGAUAGCAUUUUUUUUGGCUCUCAAGGUCAAGUCAUCCUUUUAUUUGGAAGAAUGUAUAUUUUAAAAGUAUUUAUUAGUUCUCAAAAACUUCAAGGGGAAAAUCUCACAUCCAAGUGUAAGAAUGCACUAUGAAUUUACAAAAUUCAUGAAAAUUCUUUUGGACCUGAGCUGUACGGAAGAGAAAAUGGCAAAUAAUUUUACCUUUUUAUUGUGCAGCUAUCAAAUGAAUACAUUUUCUAUUAAAAUUUUGUAGAUCCAGAGUGUCUUCCCACACAUACAGCGAACUACGCGCCGCAUCUCCAUCAAGGCCGGCAUGGUCCUGGGCUUGGAGUAUCCAAAGUCCCUGGAGAGCAUCUUGUCGGCUAUGCCGGAUUUGAAUACGGUGAUCGCCUCGGUCUCAGCACAAGAGACUAUCUCGUUCUUCUUCUCGAGGAAGCUUGUCCAGUACUUACGCAUGUGGAUCUUCAAAAUUUUAAUAUAUACAAAAUUAUCGUGGAAUCCGGUUUUGCUUGGUAGUUUGAUUUUGUUCUCCCGGAGUAGGGUUGUUAUAGCCAUUAUUCAAAUCGCACCGCUAGU